AAACAGUUUAUUAGAUAAAUCCUUAAAUGUUCUAUUAUAUAUACUAUGUAUGUUAUGUUACGAUAUUGGCCAGAGUUACACUGUGAAUAAAUUUAAAAUCUUUCUUUAACCAUGUAAAUUCAAGAUUUAUUGUGCAAAAUCUUCUUAGAAUUAAAAAACAGCUAAAGAUAGAAAGUUUAGUUUUGGAUUAUUUUUACCCUAAAGAUUAAGUUUAACCUUGUUGCAGUACAACUUAAAGUUUAAACCUACAUUAAAAGAUAUUUCAAACGAUUUUCAAAUCUACUGCUUGUUUUUCACAGCAGUUUACUCUAGUUUAAACUCACAUUGGGUCCCUGACAAAACUCAACAGCCUAAACCAGUAAAAAAAAAAAAAUUUCAGCUGGACACCGAGCAAGUCAUGCAACGUUUGAAUGAGUCAUUUUAAAAGACUUUGGCCUGUUGUUGUUUGGAGUCUGUAAGGGUUUCAAUGGAAAAUAUCAAACAGAUGCAGACCCAAAACAACUAAUUAGAUGAAAAACAGAUUUAAAAUUCUAAAGAAAGGUAUUAUCAGGUAAGAUCACCAGUUAAGUAAGUUACUCAACUGCUUUAAUCUAGUUUAACUUUAGACAUGUCUGUCUUUACUCUGAACUUUGUUAUGAGGCAACUGAAAGUGUUUGUAGCUGCACAUAAAGUCUCUCUGGUGAAAAUCAAAGAGGAGUGAGAAAUUAUAAUAUUCUCCCAAUAUGGUAUUAUUUCUGUUUUUUGAUAUUUUCCUCAUGUGCCAACUAUAUACAGAACAUAUGUUUUGCUUAAAGAGUAAGUUUUUCAUUAUCUGGUUGGACACAUAAACCAACAUCUUCAGCAGAGGAACUCUGUUAUCAAUUUCUCUGUAAGAAGAAACCAAAUGGGGAAAACGUCAUGGAGCUCAAGCAUCACAACACAGGAACUGUCUGGUUAGGUUUUAUUUUAUGCUGAAGGUGUGAUCAGCUCGGGCUUUUGCAGAACUUCUUAUCACAGUAAACGAUUCCUCACCCUGAUAGCAAGAGGAAGUCUUUUGGUGUCUGACUGGACGUAAACAGAGCCAACAUCUUCAGCAGAGGAGACGUUUGAUCACAGUUUUGUCUGUCAGAGGAAAGUCAUGGGGGAGAACAUUAUGGAGCUCAGGCAUCACAGCAGGGGAACCGUCUGGUUAGAUUUUAAAUAGUGCAUGCUAAAGGUGUGAUCGGCUCGUGUUUUUGCACGACUUCUUAGCAAAGCUUAGCAGAUUCAUUCAUAGAGCAUCUUAAACACCCACAAGACCAAAGUGUUGUCAACAGAACAGCCGUCACAUGAUGCACAUAACAAAAUCAGAAGGACCUAAAAAUAAGUUAAAACAGCUCUGUCAAAAAAUAAUAAUAAUAAUAAUAAAAUAAAACAGCUAGUAAGGUAAAAAUACAAUAAUUACAAAUGUUUCUUAACAGUUUCUGCUCAGAGGAGACUUCUGAAGGCACUUGGUUGAACUGAAUUGUUAAUCAAUCACGAAAAAAACACCAAAAAAUACUUCUACAUUGAAUGUUAAGUUUAAAAUAUAAAGUUGUAUAAAGGAUGUCCAUGAGUGCACAGUUUUAUUGCCUUACAGUGAGCUCUGUGAUGCUUGGCUGCACUGUUAUUGUUGGACCAGAUAAGUUCUAACCAGCCAAUAAACCAGCUCUAAAGCUCCAGGGAUUUGCAUACCAUGUCUGCGUCUAACUUCCAUUACAUUCCACUAGACUGAGAGCAGCAGUAAACGCAGGAAAAAUCAUUAAACUGAGCGGCGGUCAUGGUGGAAUUUAUUAAUGGAAGACAUUCCAAGCCCUGUUUGCUCCAGUUUCUACUCCGGUGUGAGGAUGCGUUUGUUUUGUGCCUACAUCCUGUCCUGCUCUGUUUUGAUGGUGAGCUCUGCCGUGUCCAACAGCUUCAGAGACUGCAGCCAUUUUUUCUACAUGCAAACGCCUCCAGCAGGGAUCCGAGGGACGAGCCUGAAGAAGAUCUGCCAGAAGUACGCCGACAAACUGCGCUACGCCACCCUGUACGACAGCAGUCGGCGUCUCCCACUGUAUUCAGCUUACAUUUUUAAGAAGUCUGAUGGGAAGGGGAGGGCAGACACACCGUGGAUGUACGAGCCUCAGCUGGUGUCUGAAUCAGAGAGCAGCAACAUGAAGGUGCUUCCUCUGACUGCAGACAUUUCUCCUCUCAUUGAGGAGAGCCAGAUUGUUUUGGAGGACUACGUCGAUGCUGUAGAAUACAGACGAGGCACGCUGAACCCUGACCAGCACCAAGCAGAUCCAGACGACAAAUCCUCUACCUACACCCUCACCAACGUCGUUCCUCUGAUCACUGAUUUUCUGGGAACCUCCUGGAGUUCUUACCUAGACACCGUCCGCCGCCGCCUAAACAACUUCUGCCAUGGUAAGUCUUACAUCGUGACUGGAGUAACUUUUUCAGGAGGCACCAUCAAGCGUGACAACAAGGACCGUCUUUCAAUACCAAAACACGUAUGGAUGGGAUACUGCUGCCCAAAGUUUGACCGUAACUCACCUUACGAGGUGAGGUUCAUGUUCCCCAGUUAUGGCGGCUACGCCCUGAAUGAGCAGACGGGCAACAAUGUGGUGGAGGUGCCAUUAAAGAAACUGGAGAUUUUCCUGAAGAGCCAAACAGACUUUGAAAAAGACAUGGCUAUUUUCUACAAGGGCUGUGUGUCAGAAAACACCAUCGAAAAGAAGCGAAGAGACCUGCAGAGGCUGAAUAACUGAGAAUGUUUCAAAUAUACUUGAAC